AUGGUUAAAGAAACAACUUACUAUGAUAUUUUAGGCGUUAAACCUAAUUGUGGUAAUGAUGAGCUUAAAAAAGCAUAUAGAAAAUUAGCUCUGAAGUACCAUCCUGACAAGAACCCAAAUGAGGGUGAAAAGUUCAAACAAAUUUCUCAAGCAUAUGAAGUAUUAACCACACCAGAAAAACGUCGUUUAUAUGACCAAGGUGGCGAACAAGCACUUAAAGAGGGUGGAGUGGGUAACUCCUUCUCUUCACCUAUGGAUCUGUUUGACAUGUUCUUUGGUCAAUUUGGUGGAGGUGGUCGUGGUCGUGGUGGCCGUCAUGGACCUCAAAAAGGCAAAGAUGUUGUUCAUCAAUUAAGUGUUUCUCUUGAGGAUCUUUACAAUGGCUGUGUACGAAAAUUAGCAUUAGAAAAAAAUGUUAUUUGUGACAAAUGUGAAGGUAGAGGUGGUAAAAAAGGAGCAGUAGAGCAAUGUCCAGGAUGUCAAGGCAGUGGAAUUCAAGUGCAAAUUCAUCAGUUGGGACCUGGUAUGAUACAACAAGUACAGUCUAUGUGCAGUGAAUGUCGUGGACAGGGUGAACGUAUCAAUCCCAAAGAUAGAUGUAGAAAUUGUAAUGGAAAAAAGGUAACUCGUGAAAGGAAGAUUUUGGAAGUAAAUGUAGACAAAGGCAUGGUUGAUGGACAAAAAAUAACAUUUAAUGGAGAAGGUGAUCAAGAACCUGGACUUGAACCUGGUGAUAUAAUAAUUGUAUUGGAUGAAAAAGAACAUCGUUUAUAUAAGAGAAGCGGAACUGAUUUGAUUCUUCGCUUAGAAAUUGAAUUAGUUGAGGCAUUGUGUGGAUUCCAGAAAGUGAUAAAGACUUUAGAUGAACGUUCUUUGGUUAUUACUGCUGUAGCCGGUGAAGUUUUGAAACACGGUGAUGUCAAAUGUGUUGUUGGUGAGGGUAUGCCUCAGUAUAAGAACCCAUUUGAAAAAGGUCGUAUGAUCAUUCAGUUCCUGGUUAAUUUCCCUGAGAGUUUGUCAUCUGCAAAGGUGCCUCUGCUUGAAUCGUGUCUUCCUCCUAGACCGGUUGAAACUAUUCCGGAGAAUUCUGAAGAAGUAUCGCUUGUAGAGAUGGAUCCAGAAUAUGACUCUAGGAGACAAUCUAGACGUGAGGCUUACAAUGAUGAAGAUGGACCUACCCGAAAUGUUCAAUGUGCUUCACACUAA